GUAUAUCAUGCAUUUUGCUUAUAGCAAACAAGCUAUAAGUGUUGUGCAAGAAAUUGGAGGAUUUGAGAUUAUAGAGAGCACACAAAAGAUAAGAGAAACACUUAAAAAAUGAUUGGGUGGGAAGAUGUGUACAAAGUAAUAGUAGCAGUGGUGCCACUCUACUUUGCACUAUUUUUAGGUUAUGGUUCAGUGAGGUGGUGGAAUAUUUUCACAAGAGAACAAUGUGACGCAAUAAACAAACUAGUUUGUUACUUCACAUUACCACUAUUCGCUUUCGAAUUCACCGCGCACAUCGAUCCUUUCAAGAUGAACUUUUUAUUUAUAGGUGCCGACACUCUAUCGAAGUUAAUAAUUGUCGCGGUGAUUGCCCUUUGGGCUAAGUGUAGUAGCAAAGGAAACUAUCAAUGGUCUAUAACAAGUUUCUCUUUGUGUACUCUAACAAAUUCUCUUGUUGUUGGAAUACCAAUGGUGAAACCUAUGUAUGGAGCCAUAGGUGUGGAUCUUGUGGUUCAAGCUUCGGUUGUUCAAGCUAUUAUAUGGCUCACUUUGCUUCUAUUUGUAUUGGAGUUUAGAAGAACGGGAAUAGAAGGCACAAUCACUACUAUAAAACCAAAGGCUAGUAGUGUUAGUAAUGUGAUGAUGAUAAGUGGAGGUGAAGAAAGUAAAGAUGUGGAGGCAAAUAACAUAGUUGAAUAUACAAGUACUAGGCUUCCUUUCUUUGAAUUGAUGAAGCGUGUGUGGCUCAAAUUUAUAGUCAACCCAAAUUCUUAUGGUUGUGUUAUUGGCAUUUCAUGGGCUUUCAUAUCUAAUAGGUGGAAUUUGGAAUUGCCAAGCAUGGUAGAGGGUUCUAUAUCGAUCAUGUCAAAGGCUGGGACAGGCACCGCCAUGUUUAGUAUGGGUAUUUUCAUGGCACUUCAGGAGAAGUUGAUUUCGUGUGGACCAAGUUUGACACUAUUUGGUUUAGUUUUAAAGUUCAUUGCUGGACCAGCAGCAAUGGCUAUUAGUGCCUUCGUUGUUGGAUUGCGUGGUGAUGUUUUACGAAUUGCCAUCAUUCAGGCAGCAGUUCCACAAUCCAUCACUUCCUUCAUUUUUGCUAAAGAAUACGGACUGCAUGCUGAGGUUCUUAGCACUGCGGUGAUCUUUGGAAUGAUUGUUUCGCUUCCAAUCUUAGUUGCCUACUAUGCAAUAUUGGACUUCAUUCAUUGAUUCGUAGAGAGAUUAUUAUAUACCAUUAAUUAAUUUUGAAACUUAAUUAAGGGUCAAAAUUAAGGGAGGCAAGACAAUUCAAAGUUUCUUCUUCAAAUUUAUCGACUAAAACUCUAGCAACCCAAAUACAUCAUGGAUAUGCACGUGCUUGAAUUUUAUUAUGAUUCCCAUUAGACAGCUAGUGAAUUAUCCCAGUAAAAGGAAAAAAAAAAAAGAAUCUAUAUUUUCGAAUGCAAUUUUAUUUAUAUAUGAGAUUAAUUAUUAUCAAAAUGUAAUUAUUUUUUAUACAUAUAUCAAAAAAUUCAAACCAUAA